GGGCGAUUUCGCAAAUGCUCAUGCCAGAUAAUCGCACCUUAGUCUAAUAUCAACUAAAAUGAAGCACGACUAUCUUCCAAUUGAGACGCUGUUCCCCUGGACAAAGCUCAACGGGAUCGCCGUCAAGGGCAUCGCUUUCCGGAAGCUGCGCGCAGAUGAUGGCACCGACAAGGGAUCUGCAAUUGUUGCAACAGAGGAGCAAUCCGUUCAAGAACCCCGGAGUGUCGACUCCCAGCCAGAGCCCCUCCUACGGGUUCCCUCCGAUCUAGUCCUCUCCCAGAGCUUUGUCGACAACUACGCCAAAUCCGAUAGACAGCUUCGUGAGGUAUUAGAAGCUGUCGGAGACUUUGGAAGAACAGCUAGAGGCGAUAUAUUGAUCUUCUUACUCGUCCAACUUACGCAUUCUAGCCCUGAUUAUGCGCACGAGCGCCAUCAUGUCGGACUGUCGAGUCCGUGGACUGAAUAUAUGAAGUACAUGCCGUCUGAAAUCAUAUUGCCUACCUUUUACACCGAGGAGGAGUUGGAGCUCUUGCGGGGAUCAUCGUUGAGACUGGCUGUGCAUGCCAAGAUCGCCUCCCUUGAGAAGGAAUUCGAGCAUCUGCGUCAAAGCACAGAGGGCUUGUCUUGGUGUGGGAAGUAUUGGUGGGAUGAGGAUACGGGGAAAUUGACGUUCGAUGAUUGGAAGUAUGUCGAUGCAUUGUACCGGUCACGGAUGGUGGAUCUGCCGCGGAAUGGUCAUGCCAUGGUCCCGUGCAUCGAUAUGGCGAAUCAUGCUUCUGGAGAGACGGUCAAGGCUUUAUAUGAUGAAGAUAUGGAGGGGAAUGCUGUAUUACAGCUGCGUGAUGCAAGAAGCCUGCGGGUUGAUGACGAAGUCACUAUCUCGUACGGCGAUGAGAAGUCCGCCUCGGAAAUGAUUUUCUCCUAUGGUUUCCUUGACGGGCAGAUAACAGAUGCGAAACAGAUUUUCCUUGACCUGGACAUCCCAGACGACGAUCCCUUGAAAAUAGCCAAAAAGGCAUUCUGCAAAGAUACACCAGGAGUCAAACUAUCUACUUCUACCGACUCGGAGACAGACGCUGCUACAACCUGGGACAGUCCUAUCAUCUGGUGGGCAUGCGUCAACGAAGAGGACGGGCUGGACUUCAAUGUACUUCAAACGACUGACGGCGGCCGAGAACUCAAAGCCACUUGGAAAGGAGAGGAUGUGAAAGAACCGAACAGUCUCAAAGACCUCCUAGCGGCCGAUCCUAGAUGGGAGAUCUACCAGCUCCGUGCGGUGGUUCUCAUUCUUGAGCGACUGGAAACUCAAUUCUUCGUCCUGCGACAAACCGACAUGAUGAUCUCCGAGAUCCGCGACAACGAAGAAAUGCGAACCAUUUUCCGACCGGAGGUAUUUGAGACAGUCUUGAAACUGCGAGAGCUGGAGUCCAAGCUAAUGGAACGGGGGAUCGAGGACCUUGUCAAACAGAGAGAAACCCUCAUGGCAAGCCCGGCAGUCAGCACCUAUCUGACCCAAGCAUUCGACGACAUCGACGAGGAUUUCUCUUGACCCUCUUUACCCUCUAAGAACCGAACUCUCAACUUAUAUAUAUAAAGAUAAUCUUAUCAUUAC